AUGAAGAAAGCGAGCGUUCAAGAACCCAAAUUCUGGUGUGCUGAACCUAUUGAAACACAGCUGCUUUGGAGGGUACUACUUUUCCUAGUAUUUCUUCAUCUCCCCUCAUCACCAUUCCAUCCACAAUCAACACCACCACCCCAUUUUCUCUCUACUGUUUUUGCGAGUGAAGCUAGCAUAAAGAUAACCAUGAAUCAGCUCUCUGGUGCGGCGCGCCUCAUGAUAGUCUCGGAUCUUGACCAUACAAUGGUUGACCAUCACGAUUCCGAGAAUCUCUCUCUUCUUAGGUUUAAUGCCUUGUGGGAAUCCAAUUAUCGUCAUAAUUCCUUGUUAGUGUUCUCGACUGGGAGGUCACCUACGUUGUACAAGCAAUUGAGAAAAGAGAAGCCCAUGCUGACUCCAGAUAUCACUAUAACGUCUGUGGGAACAGAAAUAACAUACGGAAACUCUAUGGUGCCAGAUGAUGGUUGGGUUGAAUUUUUAAAUCAGAAAUGGGACAAAAAUAUAGUAUCAGAGGAGACAAGCAAGUUUCCUGAGCUUACUCUUCAGUCGGAGACAGAGCAACGUCCCCAUAAAGUAAGCUUUUAUGUUCAGAAAGACAAGGCCCAGGAUGUGAUGAAAGCUCUAUCUGCAUGCUUGGAAGCGCGUGGGUUGGACGUCAAGAUAAUUUACAGUGGAGGGAUGGACCUGGAUAUAUUGCCUCAAGGUGCUGGUAAAGGGCAGGCACUCGCUUAUUUGCUUAAGAAAUUAAAAGCCACGGAUAAAUUACCAAAUAAUACACUUGCUUGUGGAGAUUCUGGAAACGACGCUGAACUAUUUAGCAUUCCAGAUGUAUAUGGUGUGAUGGUUAGUAAUGCCCAGGAAGAAUUGUUGCACUGGCAUGCUGCAAAUGCUAAAGAUAAUCCUAAAAUAAUUCAUGCGACAGAGAGAUGUGCAGCGGGUAUUAUACAAGCCAUUGGCCACUUCCACCUAGGUCCCAGUACAUCUCCUAGAGAUGUCACGGACCUGAUGGACUCUAAGAUGGAGAAAUUUGAUCCUUCUUAUGAAGUAGUGAGAUUUUACUUGUUUUAUGAGAGAUGGAGGCGUGCAGAAGUUGAAAAUUCUGAGCUUUAUAUGGCAAAUCUUAAGGCGGUUUGUUGUGCGUCGGGUGUUUUUGUUCACCCAUCUGGCAUAGAGCAACCUCUUUGUGACUGUGUGAACUCAUUGCGAACAUGUUACGGAGACAAACAGGGGAAACAAUUUUGGGUUUGGGUCGAUCAGGUUUUACCAGCACAGAUUGAUUCUCAUUCGUGGCUAGUGAAGUUCAAGAAGUGGGAGCAAUCUGGCGACAAACAACAAUGUUGUCUGACAACAGUUGUAUUAAGUUCUAAGGAUGCAAGUGUUGAAGAAGGGCUCACCUGGAUGCAUGUGCACCAGACAUGGUUGGAUGGAACAGACCAUAACAAUCAGACAACCUGCCUGUAUUUUGGUGGUUCAGCGACGGCGAUGGCUGAAAUUGGCCGGCCUGCGAGUUUCUAUUAG